CCCACCCCCACCCCCGCCCGCCGCCCACAAGAUGGCGAGCCCGUGCGGGCGGCAGCAGUGCUCCAUCGAGAGGCGCGGCGUCCGCCACCAGCUCGAUUCGUGGCGACACAAGCUCAUUCACUGUAUCCAGUUUCUGAUCCUACUUCCACAUUUGGGAGUAUGCAAGGGACAAACACAUCUCUUUGCGUAGCUUGACUGGAUAUCCCAAGACUAGGAUGAAAAUAUCAUCUGCCAAAUGGAAAAGGACAAUCGGUGGGAAAAGAAAUGUUCUUUUCAAGCUUCUAAGAGCAGUGACAAUGGAGAGAAAAAAUACUAUAAAAAGGUUUGAAAGUAUUCUAGAAGGCCUGUUUGGACCUGGAUUAUUAAAAGAUCUCAGUUUGUUUAAAGACUGUGAGCCUGAAGGUGUUUCUGAUUGGUCUUUUGAUGAAAAUUGUCUUUUCUGCUGCCUGAGAAGAGAAAAAGUGAAGGAACACUUAGUCAGUCUGGAUGAGCCAGCCUCAGAAGCUGGACAAGAAGCUCUGCUUAGACAAGAGCAAGCAAAAAUCAUUCGUUUUGAAAGGCAAGCAGAAGAGUUCCUCAAUGCAGUCUUUUACAGAAAAGACAGUCCUAGGGUCUCUGACCCCAAUAUUCCCCUAGUGGCCCGUGAGAUCAUGCAGCGAAUGAUCCGACAGUUUGCUGCUGAAUAUACCUCAAAAAAUAGCUCUACUCAGGACUCCAGCCAGCCCAAUAGCACAAAGAACCAAAGCCUGCUGAAAGCAUCUCUGGUCGCCUCCUCUCCCACGGCUGCAACUGCUCAGAACCCUGUGCUCAGCAAACUUCUCAUGGCUGACCAAGACUCACCUCUGGACCUUACUGUCAGAAAGUCUCAGUCAGAACCUAGUGAACAAGACGGUGUGCUUGAUUUAUCCACUAAGAAGAGUCCUUGUGCCGGCAGCACCUCUCUGAGUCAUUCUCCAGGGUGCUCCAGUACUCCAGGAAAUGGGCGACCUGGGAGACCCAGCCAGCACCAUCCGGAGGGACUACAGAGUGGUGAUGGGGUACCUCCAAGAAGCUUGCAGGAUGGAACCAGGGAAGGUUAUGGCCACUCCACAUCUCUUAAAGUACCGCUGGCUCGAUCACUCCAGAUUAGUGAAGAACUGCUGAGCAGAAACCAGUUUUCUACGGCUGCCAGCCAUGGGCCAUCUGGACUACAGAAUCAUGGACAGCACUUAAUAUUAUCCAGGGAGGCUUCUUGGGCAAAACCACACUACGAAUUCAAUUUCAGCCGCAUGAAAUUCAGGGGAAAUGGUGCACUCAGCAACAUCAGUGACCUUCCUUUUCUUACAGAAAACUCUGCCUUUCAAAAAAUGGCACUUCAAACUAAACAGGAUGGGAAAAAGGACGUGAGCCAUUCGUCUCCUGUGGAUUUAAAGAUACCACAAGUUCGAGGCAUGGACCUUUCAUGGGAGUCCCGCACUGGUGACCAGUACAGCUAUAGCUCUUUGGUAAUGGGUUCACAAACGGAGAGCGCGCUUAGCAAAAAGUUAAGGGCUAUCCUUCCAAAACAAAACAGGAGAAGUUUGCUGGAUGCUGGACCAGAUUCCUGGGGCUCAGAUGCUGAGCAGUCUACCUCUGGACAGCCAUAUCCCACCUCAGAUCAAGAGGGAGAUCCUGGCUCCAAGCAACCUAGGAAGAAAAGAGGGAGAUACAGACAGUACAACAGCGAGAUACUGGAGGAAGCAAUCUCUGUGGUUAUGAGUGGGAAAAUGAGUGUUUCCAAAGCUCAGAGUAUUUAUGGGAUCCCCCACAGUACACUGGAGUACAAAGUUAAAGAGAGGCUGGGCACUUUGAAAAACCCUCCAAAGAAAAAAAUGAAAUUAAUGAGGUCGGAGGGGCAGGAUGUUUCAGUAAAGAUUGAAUUAGAUCCCCAGGGAGAAGCAGCACAAAGUGCGAAUGAAUUGAAAGAUGAGUAGGGAUGUUGUAGAGUGCCAAUUACUUUGCAAACUGGGUGAGCACUACUGCAUAGUUCAACCACCACUGAGUGCACCUGAUUCUCCAAUUUACUGCAAUGCUCUUUCCUUUGCAGUUUAGCAUAGACUUGUGUGGACACAGGUGAAAGGUGUGCUCUGAAUGUCACAUUUGUAAAUUUUUCUGGCCUGGUAUGGUGCAGUUUCCCUCCUUCACCUGCCCACUACCCCCUUUUUCCCUUUUUUCUUUUUUUUUUUUUUCUUUUGCCUUUUGCAUGUUUCUCUGUAAUAGAGAGUUGAGUUACCUCACAAAGAAUGCAGAUCUGUGGAAGUGGACAUCUUGCCUGUAGAGCCUGCCUGAACUUCUGGUGUUGGAUUUUUCAUUUCUGCCUUUAUAGAAAUAAGUCCACUUUGUUAAACUGAUGCUCUCUUAAAACCAGGCUUUUUUUGAAUGAGAAUCAGACUGUCAUUCUUCAAAAUGUUUCAGAAAUCUUUUUUUCCCCCCUCCUUUUCUUUGAUCCAGUUGAUUGAAAGAUCUAAGCUAAAUCAAGUUAUUUAGGAAUGGGACCUCUCUUGAACUCAGAGAUUUGCUUGUUAGGUGGAUAAUCAAUUGGGUCUAAUUAGGCUCUCCACUAUUUUCUUUCUAAAUUAAACAUACUUACCAUUCACUAUCUGCUUAGUGCUCACCCGGAGGGGAGGGGAGGGAAAACUUAAAUACACUACCUUCAGAAUAUGUCAGUUAAUUAUUUGUAACACUACCUUCGCUGUAAUUUUGUUUGAUGUUUUUGAAGGGUGAUAUUUAGACUCACCUGCUUGAGGAUGUAGCCUUAUCUCACGGAAGACAAGCUUCUCACAGUCAGGAGCAGUCAGGGUACACUAAAUAAUGUAUUAGGGUAUGCCUCAUUAUAACAGAACUAUGGUUCUUUGUGACCUUUAUACUUUUUACAGACUUGAUUCUGAGUUUACUAAACUAUGUGGUUCCAACAACUAGUUUAAAUGACUCUAAUCUGGGGAGGGGGGAUUUGUGUAACAAGCUACUGUGAUAUUGAAAAAAAAAAAAAAAAAAAAGAAAAAAAAAGCCCACAAAACAGUGAUCUCAAACGUUACAACCUCAGUAGUCUGCCCAAAUAUCCACAUUAGUGAAGGAGCUUGUUAAUGUUCAGGGAAGAAGUAAAACACUGGUAGCCUGAUCUAAUUCAGGCUCUGCAUCAUAUCUAUCUGUAAUACUGUCAGGGUCGAACACUCAAUGAAAUGGGUGUUUCCUUUUUAAAUAUUACAGUUGCCAGUAGCAGGAAUUAAUCUUAAGUCCUGCUUUUUUGUUGUUUUUAUUUAAUCUAUUUUGAUAGUGGUUUAGCACAUGCUAGAAAAAGCAUUUAAACACCAUAAAAGCACUCCGUAAACCACAAAUCCAGUUUAUUUCAAUAUGAUGAUAUCGUUAUCAUUAUAUGGAGAUCCAGGAUAAGUUUUGUACAGAACUUUUAUCUUUGAUAUUUUCUGCAGGAGUGGUCAGUAACUAGGUGGAGCUUACUGGACUUACCACAAUAUGACCAAAUCGGAAUUGCUGGUUCUUCAGGUAGAAACAAUUUGGUCUUAAUCUGUGCAAAAGGUGGAUAGAAUUACCAUUUUUUUCCCCAUUUGCACAACCAAAA